AUGGCCACUGUACGACCUGGUAUACGACGACCUAAUAUAACUACUACCGGAUCUCAUGCGCCUUCCCCUCAUGCAAAACCUGCUCUGACCGUGGAGGAAUGGGAGACCAAGGCUCCACUUGAUGAUGUUGAAGUCCGUAGUGUGCUAAGCCUGAAGAUACGAUGUGAGGAAAAAAAACCUCCACUCAAGUUUCGAGAGGAAGACUCUCCGUCGCGUCCUUCAACACCCAUUCUUGGCAGACAUGGGGGACUUUUCUCAUCCGCUCCUGGUUCUAGAUCGGCAACACCCGUGCCUAUGCUCACAGUCACAAGAGAUGGCACAUCUCACCCCCUUCAUCCCCAAGUACCGCUGGAAACCCCACAACAAUUCCAUGAUUGGUUUGCACUCAUCGACAGAUCAAUCACCUACUCCCAGGAAUCACAUUUCCGUUCGCAUCUGCAAAAUGUCGAGGCCCAGCUGGUAUCUUGCGACAACUUGCUUGACCGAGUGCAUGGGGCGAGUGACGAUCUGACGCUGCUUCACAAUGACUGGCAGAGCGUAGAAGAUCGGGGCGAGAGUCUCAAAGGCGCGGCUCAGCGUCUUCUCGAGGAACGUGAUAGGCUUAUCAAAGUCACCGACGCAAUUGGAGAGGCACUGGUCCUUCAAACAGACUUUUUAUUGAUGGUCGAACGGGUUGAUGUGUGCCUGGAGUACAUGAAGACGCAUCGCCACUUCAAGGAAGCCGAAAUAUAUUUACUCAGGUUCCAGCAAUGCUUAACUCGAGCCAUGACGCUUAUCAAAAUGUAUCUCGUUGGCACGUUGAGAGCGAUCCACACAGACGUACAAAAGCGAACGAUUGAAACUGACAUCUCAUCUACGGCCGCGCAUCACUUGUUGUAUACCAAGUUCCAAUCUUUGGUCCCAUCCAUCAGUCCCUUGGUCAUGGAACUCGAGAAUCGGGCUAUCUCUCAUCCUGAUCAGCUGGAAUCCCUACUCAGCGAAUGCCACACCGCAUACUUCUCCGUGCGAAGAGCACUCCUCGUCCCACGUGUGACUGAAGAAAUUCGGGGGUUGCAGCCAGGCCAGAGCGAGCUGAUCGAGCUGACUCGUGUUGGGUGCACCUAUCUGAAGCAAGUUUGCACAGAAGAAUUCAAUCUGUUCCGCAGGUUCUUCAACUCGGGCGAGGACAAGCUGUACCGUUAUUUGGAGGGUAUAUGUGAUCACUUGUACGACGAUCUUCGACCACGCAUACUCCAUGAGCAAAAACUUGACGUUUUAUGUGAAGUAUGCACCGUCCUCCAAGCGUUAAUGGUGCUCGACAUUCCUCUCCAAUCGUUUGGAGAUAGCGGUGCCCCGCCGCCUACAGAUGAGGACCCACUUCAACUUACUACGUCUCCGACUUUGGAGGCCUAUGAUUUGCAGCUCCCGCCUCGUACACCUGGUUUGGCCAAAUUGCAUAUCAGCCAUUUGUUACAAAUGGUACUUCAGGAUGCCCAAACGAGAUUGUUUUUCAAGGCACAGGCGAUCGUUCAAUCUGAGAUUAGGAAUUAUGCCGCACAGCCAAAGGAUCUAGACUAUCCCGCCAAAUUGAGAGACGUCGCAGCAUUUGUCCAGCCUGAAGUCAGCGAUGAGGAUGAAGAAGAUGAUGGCAUAACUUUGAAAAUGCCGAAGCUAGAACCAGAAUCAGCAUGGUAUCCACCACUCCUCACAACAGUCAAUGUUCUCAAAAAGCUCCAUGAAUACGUGAAGCCUGCAAUAUUCCAAGACAUUUCACAGGAAGCAAUUUCGCUGUGCCGGAUAUCUAUUCUAUCCGCGGCAGACCUGAUCUUGGCGCGACCCGAGUCCAACGACAUAGAUGCUCAUCUAUUUGUCAUUCGCCAUUUGCUGGUACUCAAGGAGAUCACUACUGCGGUAGAAAAUGCUACUACGGACUAUGAGGUUGCGUCUCAGCCGGCUUCGGAUACUUUGGGUAACUUGCUCCGCGGGACGAGUUCGUUGUUUAACCCCACGGGUUUACUCGGAGGUAUGCUCGGGCCAUCUCGGUAUGGAGAAUCUCUUCCUGUGGCUCGCACGACAAUUGAUGAAGAUCUCAAACGCUCCUGCGAAUCACUCAUUACCAAGUGCGCUGAAUUGGCAACAGCUCCUUUGAAGGCCUUUAUUGCCGCUUGUGACAACUUUACGAGAUCUCAACCGGACACACUCUUAUCAACACAGGAAUUUGCCCAACUCCCUGGGAUAGUUAAAGCCCAAGACGAAUUCCGUUCCGUAUGUGAAACACAGCUCUCCCAGUGGGCAACGCAUGUUCGGCUCUAUCUCCGCGACGAAAAUACGAUUAGUGUGCUUCUUCCAGCAAUGUAUGACGAGAUUGCCUCGGUAUUUACCGCGUUUAGGAAAACGGCAGAGACCAGGUGUUCUCCCGGGUGUGGGAUCUCGUUGAUGUCGUUGCCUGAUUUAUGGGAGUGGCUACGCUCGUUGCAGGUUGGGGUCAAGAAAUAG